CAAACGGGGGCAUGCUGUCGGCCUCGACGAUCCCGAUCUGGAGAUGAACAAAUUAUAUAAGACUAUCGGCUUUGUUGUUUUCUUCUUUCAGUUCAUUUGUUCAUUUGGUAUAGGUGAGUAGUUAUCUUCUUAAUUAUUAUAUUGUAUAAAAGUUUUUACAAGUUGUGAAACAUACCGAAAGUAGCUAUUUAAGAUUUCUUAAACUAUAAAUUAAUUUAUAAUUGUUUAUAAUUUCUUAUAAUUGAUAAUAAAUAAUAAAAUGCGUUUAGGGAAUAAACAUUUAUUGUUGCGGUAUGUCGUUUGGGAAAAGGCAUAACUAAAUUUUCACGACAUUUUUUCAAUAACAUUCUUCUCAUUCAUUAUACUCGUCUUUCACACUGAAUCGCUUGUUGUAAGUGACAUGUUGCUAUUCCCGAAUGUGUACACUCAAUCACUUGCCGUUUACACGGUAAAUGAUCGCGCUUUUCUACUCCAUUUUGCUACCGAUAGCCUAAUAGACGCAUUCCCGGUAAAUAUUGACGUUUACAUCGCCAAAUAAUCCCCCACGGCGUUUAAUAAAACACAUUCCUUUCGGUUAGAAUUCGGUUAAUUAUCCAAAAUGACAGAAAUAUGUGUCCUUGACAGACAAUGGCUUUUCGCCGGAUGAACCACUGGAUCUAGUCGAACGAAUCCUCCUCCACGGUUCCACUCAUACCGUUUCUGCUAUUAACGACUUCCUCUUUGAGAGUUCGAGUAAAACUGCUCGGAAAGCUGCGGAUCUUUUUUCCAGACCUCAUUCCACGCUGCUCAUUAGUUUUCGACAAAGUCCCCUUACGACGACUUCUAUUCUCACCUUAGGUUCUAUGUUCCGCUUAGAAAUAAGCGGCAUAAAAGACGAAGUUAGAAUUAACAUUGGAGGAGAUUUGACCGAAGUUUUAAGCUAUCGGCUGGCCGAUGGUAACCUUCAUCGACUGGCGCUUUCCUUCUCGCCUAAUCACGUAGAAAUGAGAGUCAAUUGCUCUGUAGUUUAUCGACGACCGACUUCUUUUAGCAGUCUAAUCAGUAUUGACAACAGUAAUUAUCCCAAUUUGAGAGUUGCACAAUAUUUUAAAGGUUAUUUGAAAGAAAUGAUAAUAGUGAGCGGUAGUAAUGGAUACUCAAUACAAUGUCCGAAUUCGAAUAUUCCUUGUCCCUCCUGUGAACAAUUUCACAAUCUCGUAGAACUAACAAAAAGAAUGGAGCAGCGUAUAGAAGAAUUAGAAAAAAGGUUAACUUCAGCAGAGUCGACUCUUAAAUGGGUAAAAGAAACCGAAUCUGGAAAAUAUUGUCUUCAUAAUGGUAAACAGUAUAGAAACUUGGAAAAAUUUCAUGAUAAGCAAUGCUUGGGGUACGAAUGUCGAAAUGGCUUCGUUAAGAGAUUGAACUUGAGAGAAGUUUGUCCUAAACUGGAAAACUGUCUUUAUGGGACGUACAGAGGACCAAGUGAUUGCUGUGAACGUUGCUCAAAGCAUUGUCCAGUAAAAUCGGGUUUCGCCCAUCGUUUCGAAGGAGAAACUUGGACAACCAUUAGAUCAAACGUUUGCGAAAAAUGGGAAUGCAGUAACGGCAUGAGAAUAAGUAGGACUAAGAGAGAACAUUGUCCUGUAAAGUUGAAGUGUUCCAAUCCUGUAUGGGUUCCAAAUUCUUGUUGUAGACGAUAUUGCAAAAAAGAUGCCUGUAAAGCGGCUGGAUGUUCGAGAAACGCUGUUUGUCACAUACAUUUGGGUGAGGCUCAGUGCAAGUGCAAAAAAGGCUAUAGAGGAGACGGUCGACGAUGCAUUGAUAUAAACGAAUGUGAAACAUACGAAAAAUGUCCCUAUCCUCAUUCCUGCUUAAACAUACCAGGUUCCUACCAAUGUAAUUGUGCAACUGGAUACGACAAUCGUCACGGGCAGUGUGUUGAUAUAAGAUCGUGCAAAGAAGAUUCUCAGUGCAACUCGAACGCCAAAUGUAUUAACAAAGUUUGCGAAUGCUUACCUGGCUAUGACGGCGACGGUAGAAUGUGUCGACCAAUAUGUACAGAAGACUGUCGAAACGGAGGUUUAUGUGUUGGGUGGAAUACUUGUAAGUGUAAAAAAGGAUUUAACGGAAGGUUGUGUGGAAAAGAUAUUGACGAAUGUUUACAAAGAAGUUCGAUUUGCGGAAAAAAUUCAUUGUGCAAGAACACAUUUGGUUCUUAUGAAUGCAACUGUAAAAUAGGUUUUGAAAGACAAAAGUCGAACAAAGAAUGCGUAGACAUAGAUGAAUGUAAAACUAAAUCACCUUGUCCUUUUGGAACUCGGUGCGUGAAUAGAGAGGGAAGUUUUGAAUGUAAAGCAGAAGGUUCAAACUUCAAAGGAUGCAUGGAUGAAGGAUUGUAUCACAAUCAUACAGAUAAAUGGAAAAGAGAAGAGUCUUGUAGAACGAUGACUUGCAUUAAUGGGACAAUACAAAGUCGUUAUGAUGAAUGCCAAUGUGGCAAAGAUACGAGAAAUUGUUGUAAAAGUCAAUGCAGUCGCAAGGAAAAGAUAUGUUUAGAUGAGCAUGGAAUAAGAAGGCCAAGUCGACUUGAAUGGAAAAACAAUUGUAAAAUUUGUCAAUGUUUCAUAUUUUUAUUUAAGUACGCUUAA